AUGCAUAUAGGUAAGGAACUGGAGGCUUACCGCGAGUUCGAACGGUCCGGCGUGAAGCCUCACGGGCCACACGGGCUCGAAAACGCCCGGAAGUUGCUCAAGGAACUGCAGCAUCUCCGGGUGCGAGAGGAGCAGGACCAGAGGCUGGCCAAGGCGGAUACCAAAUCCUUCAAGGCUUUUGCCUUCGCAGGACUAACGAGUUCGGUGCAGAAUCUCCUCGAACGUCUGGACGCACGCCUUCACGAGGGGUCACUGGGAGCAGCGUGGCGCGUCUUGGCCGAGAGUCCCGGGCUGCGGAAGCGUCUUGAGGUCGCCCUGGAUCACCGCUACGUCGCCUUCCGAAGGGCGGACACUUUGCAGACAGGCAACUUCGGCUACCGCGCGCGCCUCAACGGGGACCCAUCGUGCACGCCAAGGACCUCACGCUGCCGCCCUUCCUCUACGGGACGCCCCUCGACCUGCCCGCCAGCCUCGCCAACCUGGUCGCGCGGGAGGUCGUCUUCAAGCUGCCCUGCCCAGACUGCCCCGACGAGCCCCUGGAGCGUCCUCGGGUGCUGGGGGAAGGCCAACAGCUUCCGAGCGUGAAGGUGGCCGUGUUCGUCGAGGAUCGCGUGCCCUUCUUCAGGCUGUUCCUCCGCCGCCUGGGCCGCCUCCACUACCCGAAGGACAGGAUAGCGCUCUUCAUUUACAUCUCGGAGGCCGCGUCGCAGCACGUCCAGGAGUUCGAAGAUUUUGUAAGUACGAGAUGCAGUACCAG